AUGGUGAGAGCCCACUUGGCCUCGCUUUCAGCAUUGGGGGUGCCCUUCCGCGCCACCUCGCCAACACCUUUCCCAUUUGGCGAUCUCGGACCUGUGAUCACUUCGACUAUUCGGGAGCAAAUACCCAUAAUGCUCAAAUAUCGCUUGCGGCCUCCCCCAACAGAGACAUACAGUCUCAACCGCAAACUCAGCGGCGUGUUCCUGUUGUGCGAGCAUUUAGGCAGCCAUGUCAACGCUCGUGAAUUAUUGGAUGAUCGUCUGGGGAAUACGCUGUCCCUUCGAGCUAAGACGGUGGAACUCGGCUAG